AGGAGAGGAGAGGAGAGGAGAGGAAACAGUCCAGUUGUGCUUCUUCUACGUUCUGGGGAAGUUUUGGCAAUGAUCAGGGAGCACUUCCCGGAAUGGGCAUUACUUCUGAGCAGCUCCGUGCUGCAGCACCAGCACUGCCAGAACUGCCAGCAUUCCAGUGCUACCAGCACCACCAGCAUCCCCCUGCUGCUGGAGGGACAAUGACCCCUCAAGGAACAGAAACAAGCAAUGUUCGAAACCUUUUGUGAGAGAGAAGGCAGUUGCAGAAUAAGACAUUCUGCAGGGAGGGAAUAUUUCUCAUCAGGAGGAAAUGGGGUGCCAUUUCCCACAUAUUUCACUUGUAGCUUUUCACAAAAGUCAUUUCCUCUGUAGCAGAAAAAUUCUAGAUGCACAACUCUGAGGAAGUAAAACUCUGACGCAGACAAAGACGCAAUUUCCGACUCCCCCGUGACUCCACUGAGUCUGCAGGAGCAACACCAGGACAGGGCAUAGAAAGAACCAGCAGGAUGGGAGUGGGGAGCUCCUGGUGAUCUGGACACUUUCUCAUUCAUAUUACUGACCUGGGAGGAGCUGAUUUAGGAAAUGGAUCCUAAAGGAGCAAGAGGUACCAGGAAGCACUGCUGAUAUGCACAGACCCCCUGUGCCUGCUGCUGCCCCACAGUGGACAGGAAGCUGCUCAGGAGCCACAUGGUCCAUCCCUGGAUUCUCCAAGCACUGACUCUCAUCCACUCUGACCGCAGCCAGGGGCCACACCCCACUUCCUGCAGAGUGUCCAUCCAUGGAGGUGACCACCAUGUCCCCAUCUCCUGCCUCACCCACUGAAGAAGACGAUCUCUGUGAGAUAGAUACCACCAACGUGGCCAUGUACAGUGUGGCACUGCUCAUCUGCCUCUGUGGGCUGGCUGGGAAUGGGGCUGUCCUCUGGCUCCUCGGCUCCCGUUGUUUAUCCAGGAUCAGGACCACCCUUUACAUCCUCUUGACUUCUUUUGACUUCCUUCUCCUCCUCAUUCUGGUCCCCUCCAGUCUGCUUUUCCUGCUGGAGGACGUGUUCUGCUCUGUCAUCAUGCCCAUGCUGUAUGUGUGGUUGGUUUUCCAGCUGCAUCUGGUGUCCUGCAUCAUGUGGCUGUACUUGCUGACAGCCAUCAGCAUCCAGAGGUGCAGGUCCAUUCACUGCCCGAUCUGGCACUGCUGCCACCGUCCCCAGCACCUAUCAAAGGUGGUGUUUGCCCUGCUUGUGGCAUUCUCCAUCAUUUUCUUCACUCUCUUUGCCACAUGGGCUUCCCUGUGUAUGUCCCAGCUACCUGAGCAGUGCCGAGUAUCUCUCAUCUCCAGGUACACCUUUGACCUCCUGCUCUGUGCUCCUUUCAUGCUCGUUUCCAGCACAAUCCUCUACAUUAAGGUCAAAGCCGGCUCACAUCAGCAGCAACCCAAGAGGCUCGACAUUGUUACCUGCCUCAUUGUGCUCCUCACCCUGCCCUUCAGCCUCAGGAAUUUACUGCAGGAGUUCAGCUAUACCAUUUUCUCAUCCCACGUUGCUUUCCUGCUUCUCUGUAUCUACACCAGUAUCAAACCCUUUGUCUACUUAUUGGCAGGGAGCUGCUGGAGGCACUGCUCUAUGGAGUCCCUCCGGCUCUCCCUCCAGAGGAUCUUUGAAGAGCCAGAAGAAAACCCUGCUGAUAUUGAUGAUCCCGCCAUGGAAGCUGUGCUCUGAGUCUGGUCAUUCCUCCUGCUGCAUUGCUGAGGGACCCUGGGAAAGUGGGUGAAUGAUUCCUGGAGCCACCUGAUGAAUAAAUCUCUAAAGUGUCA